CCACCUCAUUGUGACGGCAAAUAUAAGUGGAGCUGUCUAUAGAGUAACGUUACAAAUACAGACAGCGGAAAUCCCAAUUGACGGCAGAUCUGGCAAAGGCAAUCGGGAGAAGUAGUGUUUAAAGUGCCACAAGAUGGGAGACUCGAUCCAGUUAAAAGAUGACGGAAACAAACAUUUCCAAGCGGGAGAUAUUGAUAAGGCUAUUGAGUGCUACACUAAAGCCAUCGAGGUGUGUCAGGACAAGAAGGUGCUGGCUGUUAUUCACAGAAACCGAUCUGCUUGCUAUCUAAAAAAGGAAAGUUAUUCCAGUGCAGCCUCUGAUGCAUCCAAAGCUAUCGAUGUCGACGCAGCGGAUAUCAAAGCCUUAUACAGGCGUUGCCAAGCUCUGGAGAAGCUUGGGAAACUGGACAUGGCCUUCAAGGAUGUACAGAGAUGUGCAACCAUUGAACCAAAGAAUAAAACCUUCCUGGAGACUCUCCGCAGGCUGGGGGCUGAAAUCCAGGCCAAGCUCAAGACAACAUUCUCCACAGAUUCUAGGGUACAGAACAUGUUUGAUAUUCUCCUUGAUGAAGAAAUGGAAAAGGAUAAGAAGGAAAAGGCAGCCAACAACCUGAUUGUACUGUCCAGAGAGGAUGCGGGAGCAGAGAGAAUCUUCCAGAACAAUGGCGUGCCUCUGCUUCUCAACAUGAUCGAGACGGGCAAACCAGAGAUGAUCAUGGCUGCUAUCCGUACUCUUUCGGGAAUGUGCACAGGACACAAAGCUCGGACAAUGGCCAUUAUUCACAUGGUGGGCACUGAUAAGUUGUGCAGCAUCAUGGCGCUCGACAAUGAGGAGAUCACACUGGCAGCAUGCAACCUCUUCCAGUGCAUCAACGACUCCCUCACAGGCGGGGAUAAAAGAGAAUACGGAAAAGAAGAGGCCUUGGUUUUGGAUGCCUCUAAAGACCUGAAGACCAUCCUCCUGUCUCUGCUGGAGAUGGUUGGCAGUAAAAAGGUAUCUGGGCAUGGCAGAGACCAGGCACUGAACCUCCUGAGCAAGAACGUCCCUCGCAAAGGAAAGAAAGACCCUGACAACUCCCGGACUCUCUUCACUGUAGACCACGGUCUGAAGAAGAUCCUCAAGGUGUGUGGUCAGGUUCCUGAGCUUCCUGACCAGUUGCCCAUGACUGAUAACACACAGCUGAUUGCCAGCGUGCUCCUCAACCGCCUUUAUGAUGACCUCACAUGCGACCCAGAGAGAAACAACUUCAGGGACGUUUGUGACGAAUACAUCAAAUCUAAAAUUGACCCCAACGACAUGGACAAAACAAUUCAUGCCAUCAACGUGAUCUCAGGGCUGCUGCAGGGUCCAUUCGACGUAGGUAACGCCUUGGUGGGAAGGCAGGGCGUCAUGGAGAUGAUGGUGGCGCUGUGCGGCUCUGAACGGGAGGUGGACCAGAUGGUCGCCGUGGAAGCGCUCAUUCAUUCCUCCACGAAAAUGAGCCGCGCCAGCUUCAUCAUCACCAACGGCGUGUCGCUGCUGAAGGACAUCUACAAGAAGACCAAAAAUGAGAAGAUUAAAAUCCGCUCGCUGGUGGGUCUCUGCAAACUGGGCUCAGCGGGAGGAGAUGAUUACAGCAUGAGACAGUUCGCUGAGGGCUCCACUGAGAAGUUAGCCAAGCAGUGCAGAAAAUGGCUUUGCAAUCCCCAGAUCGACGCUAAAACCAGGAAGUGGGCUAUUGAGGGUCUGGCAUACUUGACUAAUGAUGCUGAUGUCAAAGAUGACUUUGUUGAGGAUGAGCAGGCACUUACAGCCAUGUUUGACCUGGCCAAGUCUAAAGAUAAGACCAUCAUAUAUGCCGUGGCCUGCACUUUGGUCAACUGCACCAACACCUAUGAGAAGAAAGACAUCAUACCUGAACUGGUGCAGCUGGCAAAGUUCUCAAAGCAGCACGUGCCUGAGCAGCAUCCCAAGGACAAGAAGGACUUCAUCGAGAGGCGAGUCAAAAGACUGCUGAAAGCUGGAGUCACAUCCGCUCUUGCUGUCAUGGUCAAAGCAGACAACUCCAUCUUGACGGACCAGACCAAGGAGAUGCUUGCAAGGGUCUUCUUGGCUUUGUCAGAGGAUCCCAAAGAUCGUGGUACUCUUGUUGCCCAAGGUGGGGGAAAGGCUUUGAUACCUCUGGCGCUGGAAGGAACUGAGGCAGGAAAAGUGAAGGCCUGUCACGCUCUUGCCAGAAUUGCAGCCAUUUCAAAUCCAGAGAUCGCCUUCCCUGGCGAAAGGGUGUAUGAGGUAGUGAGGCCUUUAGUCAGCCUCCUUCACACAGAAAGGGAUGGAAUGCAGAACUUUGAGGCUUUGCGAGGCCUCACCAACUUUGCGGGUUUCAGUGAAAAACUAAGGGUAAAAAUUGUAAAAGAGAACGCUCUGCCCGAUAUCGAGAACUACAUGUUUGAGGAACACGAGCAGAUCAGACAGGCUGCCACUGAAUGCAUGUGCAACCUUGUGACAUGCAAAGAGGUCCAAGAGCGCUACCUGGACGAAAGUAACGAUAAGCUGAAGCUGCUGCUCCUACUUUGUGGAGAGGAUGAUGAUAAACUUCAGAUUGCCGCAGCGGGAGCCCUGGCCAUGCUUACCGCUGUCCAGAAGAAGCUCUGCGCGAAGCUCACCCUUGUGAGUGCCCAGUGGCUUGAGAUCCUGCAGAGGUUGUGUCUACACACCAACCCGAUGAUCCAGCACCGCGGCCUCGUGAUUGUGUGCAACAUGCUCAACUCGGAGGACGGUGAGCUGACCAAGAAACUGAUCGAGAGCGAGCUGCUGGAAAUCAUGACAGUGAUCGGAAAGGCUGAGGACAACCCCAAGAGGCAGGAACCCAUCGAUGUGGCGCGUACGUGCCUGGUCAGAGCAAUGGAACUGGGGCUCAUCAAACCCUUCUCCAGCCCUUCCUAAGCACAACAACAACGGACAUGUUUUUGUGCUCUUUAUUACUCGUUUCCUACAGACUUUUUUCAACAUUGAAGACAUUACUAGUUAUCAUUAGUUAUUUUGACUGGAGCCUCAAGUAUUGGCCGAUACUGAUAUAAAUCCGAUACGGUAUCAACACGUAUCGUGCAUACUUUUAAUAUUAUGUAUCGUGAGUUGUUAGAAAAGGCUUGAUCAAGUGAAAUUACUAACAAAAACAAUGGUAAGGAAUAAUGAUGAGUAAAUGACGCCUCAGAAUUAGUAAUGUUACUCAUAAUUUUAAUCGUAUUGAAUAAUUAUAUCUAACCUACUUACAGUUUACAACCUUGUCAAUUGAUAUAAAACCGUGUGUUAAUCACAAAGAUGAUUAUUUAUUUGACACAUACUGUAAACCUUCGGCUAAGGUCAGGCUGAUUAGAAAAUAAGUACUAACCAAGUGUACCGCAUUAGAAGUGGUAUAAAUAAAAAUCUGAUGAAAAAUAAAUGUAGUUAAAUUAUCUUGUGCUAAAAUAAAUUAACCAACUUAAUAAUAAAUAUGUUUUGUAACUCGACUGUCAAUAACAUUUGAAUGCAAAUAAAAAUACAGCUUCACCACUUUAGUCAUAAUUUUUGCGCUUAGGAAACUUUUCUAUGGCUUUAGACUUGCUCUGUUUGUUUAAAAUUGUAAUUUGCAGUGUUCGUAAUAGUAACGCCGUUACUUUUACUAGUAACAAGUAAUCUAAUUUAUUACUUUUAGGUCUGUUACAAGUUACAACGCCGUUAGCGAUAGCUUGAUGUAACGUGGCACGCUACUUUUGAUGUGGUUUAAUGUCGACAACAAGACGUCAUAAGUGCAGUAAGUUCAAUGCAGGAAAUGUCUUUUUACUGGUGAAAGCAACAAGCAGCAUUGCACUAAAAUGAACUUGAUAUCAAACAGGAAGAGGCACCAUCACACUGUGACACAGCACACAAAAUACACACACAUACACAAUGGGAAUAUUGAACAACAAAUCAAUGAUUGAACUGACAAACUUUCCUUCCAAAAUAUACCCCGUUUGUUGACAAGAAGAUAUGACAGCCACCGAGGCACAUUCAAUCUCUUUAUUAAGCAGAGGUAAAGUGCGCUGCUAACUGCUAAAGCUAAAAAACACAGCUCCGUUAAAACCCUCGAUGAUGUCACACAUCACUAAGCAACAGGCCCCACCUUUUAAAAGCACAACUCCGCACUCUAAUAUUAAACAUCCCACAAAUGCAUAUGCCAAAUAUUUAGUUUUCUUUUUAAGUAACGUAAGAAUGACCUUCCCUAGUAAUUAAUUACAUUUAUUAAAGAGUAAUUCCGUUAGUAAUUCAAUUAAUUUUUUGGUAAAAUAGCGAGUGACUAUAAUUAAUUACUUUUUUAAAGUAAUUUUCAGAAUACUGGUCAUUAGUGCCACAAGUGGUGGAAAAGUGUAUUACAACUUGAGUACCGCUGCGACCCACAGACCACAGCGGAGACACAGAUAUUUUUUUGGCGGCCCAACAAUGGGCUUUGGUUAAAAAGUACUGGUUUAUGGCACACUCACAAACUGUAUUGACAAUGGAUUGACGCUGUAUUUCAUAAUAGUCAUCGACCAUUUACUGGAUUACAAAAGUCCCUAUAUUUGACCUGGGUUAGGGUUAGCACGAAUCGCAACAUAUACAUAUUUUUUUAAAUAUUUUUUUCAUGUAGGACGUCAGAAAAGAUUUGAUUUGAAAUUACUCAAGAGAACAAGGGUAGGUAUAAAACACUAAACUCAUGACAGAUUUAUGGUUGUUAAAUGGAGUGAUGCAGACACGUUUGUUACUGGACAUUUUCCAAGAUGAUUCUGCCUUGGACGCUUUUGUCUGUGUGUAAUAUGCAACCAUAAUUAUUUGAUACUUGUUUAUAUUGACACAUUUGGUGUUUUAGACUGCAAUAUUGUCCAAUUAGGGACACUUAUUAAUGUCUAGCUUGUGUGCUAUUGUGUGCGGAGCUGUUGUGUAGCUGCUAGCUCCAAGAAGCCUACCAUGUUUACCUUUUGUAAAUGACUCCACUAAAAUACAAGAAGACACCGAACUUCUGUGCUUAUUGGAGUAAAUUUAUGCUAAAUGGCUGUCCAGUUUUGCACAAGUAAACAAGCCACAGGAUUGCUUUUAUCUGAGACUUUAAAAGCAAGCCAGUAUCACCCGAAAACUUGUUUUUUUGAUGAUAUCGAACCGAUAUCCAAUAUCAAUAUCGGAUCUGGACACCCAAGUUGUCAUGUUUUUUUAAAUUAUAAUUAAUGUAGUACCUUAACUUCUGAGUUGAAUUGGUUCUGUGAAGGAGUUCUUAACUCAAAACACUUGUAUCGUAGAUGAACAUCUCCCAUUGAAAUACAUUGAAAAAAAUGUAAUUGGCCCCCAAAACAGCACAAUGUUAACUUGUAACAUGCCUACCAACAAACGCUGGAAUUGCUCGGUCAUGUUUUUAAAGAAUUCUUUCUUUAACUCAAUAAACAUCGUUCACUUCUUCUCACCACUGACCAUCACACUCACUUUUGUUUCAAUAAUAUUUGCCCUCCUUUGAGCAGAAUGAACCACUUGUGACGUCACAAGCGUCGAUAUUCGUAAUUUUUCGAAGGAUUAAAAACAAUGAUCUCACCCCUAUGCACAUAGACACAUAUUAUUCUGCCUGGUUUCAAUGGUGUCAUGAAAUAACAGGUGUGGGAGCAAGACUGUAAAAGAAUGUGUGUGCCAAGAGCACACACAGGCCUGGUUAACUUUCAGUUUCGAGCCCCGGCAAGGUGGAAGGGCGAGAUGGACAAAAGCAGUAGAGGCGGGCGACCAAUGUAGAGACUGCUUGGCUCUCCAGCGCUGGUAUUGCUAUUGUUUGUACUUACUCUUUUUGCUAUACAAUACAUUGUUAUUAAUCCAUAGGCUCCGAUCUACAUUUCUGCCAGCGGGUGCUCGGACGGGUGGUAAAUCUGACGCUACUUUUCUGAGCAUGUGCGGUUUUUGCUCGGUGGUGAGAAAUAAUUUUCCAUCAAUCCCCAUGGGUGCUCGGGCCCCAAAGCACCCACGGGAUCGGUGCCUAUGUAUUCAUCAAUACUCGUCACCUCUCGUCUUGGGUGAAAACAAUAUUUUUUAUUUUAUUAUUUUUUUUUCAGAAAAUGUGUUUUAUUUUUUUAUGCAACCUCAUUUGGUACU